UUUGGGCGCCUCGUUUCGAAUCAUAUUCUUUUCACUUCUCGAUAUCAGGCUCCCUUCACAUUGAACUUCAACGAUUUUGUCACACUAUUGAAUACCUUUUAAAUCAUUGUGUCUUCAUCCCUCAAGUGCUUAACUACAUCAUGAGCAGUCGGAAUCCAGGUGGUAGUGCUGAGAGCUCCAAAAAGAGACGUGUGGAUGAUAGAGGCAACAAUGGAGAUGGCGAUAACGACAAUAGUACAGAUUAUGGCAACGAAACUCCAGAUCUUGGUGAUGAUGAAUCAGAUGGCGAGCUCUCUGCCGGUGAGAUCGAGAAGCGUAAACGCAAGAAAGCCGCUUUCCGCAAGGAGGCAACCGAAUCACGUCGACGCGAUAAGACUUUUGCUAAUGUUGCCGAUGCACCCGAUGCGGCGUUGGCUCUGGCCGGGUUUGGGCGCUGCACCUUUGACUGGGGUGCUGGCUACGACACCCCUUGGAACUCGUCCAUGGCAUCGAUAAUCAUUUCGGAAUGGGUCAAAUGCUUCAAUUCGAGAGGCGCACGCGCGUUUGGGGUUGUGGCUAAAGAUAAUACUCAGUCCAAUCGUGAAGAACUGCUCCGCCGAUGGUUCACCAAUAAGAAAACAAACUAUACUCAACAAAAGAAGGAUGAAACGUUGAUGCAAACCGAAGAAGGUAAAAAACAAGUUGAAGCAAACAGAACACGUGCCAAGAAGUUGGUCAAUCGCCGAAGAGCCAAAUCAAACAUCUAUAAAGCCCGUAUCGGUGUCACAAAGGCUAUUUUUGGCGAAGGAUCCAAAGAAGUCAAAAUGUUAUCCCAGCCCGAGAUCCAUUCCGAAGAUGAUGUCAACAGCGAGGCGACAUGCAAGAUUCAACUCACGUGGCGUAGUGCCGAACUCGACACCUUCAUCUCAUUGACUGACCAAUGUAUUGUAGGACAAGAAGUUGUCGCCGCAGCCCAUCGUGCAGCACAACACUUAGUCGACCGAGGUCCUUACUCCACAACCCCUGACUUUGAUGUCUUUCCGCCGAAGGGUUUCCAACGCUCUCUUGUGUCUCCCACUUGGUUAGGCAACAUCCCAUCGGUAGCUGUUAAGAACCUCAAGUUAACUGAUGAUGUAGUGGACAUUCGACAAGCCAUCAAAAGGUUGACCGAAGAGCUUACCAAGUCCUCCACCCCUGCUGCUUGAAAUCUUAUUGUUUCAAUUUGUGAUAGUUAGUUCCUAUCUUGAAGGUCGUCUCCUGCCAGUUUCUUUGUUUUCUUGUUGGCUUAUAAGUUUGGGUAUAAGAGGCUUGAGUACUUUGUUUCAUCCUGUAUACUCUUUUCCUCUCUUCAGUUAUGGGUGAGUUAUGGAUUUAUUAUUCCUCUCGAUUGGCUCAUGAUUUUAGCUGUGUCUUGUUGGUCUUGUUUGUUCUCAAAAAAUGUACACACUAUACACGGUGUUUUGUCCAACUUGAGUUCUUUGUCUUGUGCUGUAUGGUCUGUUUUUCUCUUUGGUUAUGUUUGAGUUAUGGAGGUAUUAGUCUUCUCGAGUGUCUCAUGAUUUUGGUUGUGUCUUCUUGGUCUUGUUUGUUCUCAAAAAACUAUACAUGGUGUUUUCUCUCAAAAUUUUAGUUAUAUUAUUAAAAAAAAGUGAUCUGGGGUAUCUAGCCAUUGUAUAUAUUGCUGCUUAUGGCGAGCUUCUGUAAUUUUAAUCUUAUAGUUGGUCUCU